AUGGCAACCGUGUCUGAAGUCACGACGCUCCCGGCGGAGCUGAAGUCAACCAUCGACCUCGGCCACGAGAAUGAGAAGAAGGAGGCCUUUCUCGAGGCCAACGACAGCGAUAGCGUCGCAGCGGGACAAAUCGAUGCUUCCGGCUGUAUUAACAACUUGAUAGUCCCGGUAUACACAGAAGAGGAGUAUAAGAAGCUGAAGCGAAAAGUCGACAAGUACCUGCUCCCUCUCAUGUGGCUUUGCUAUGGCAUCCAACAGACCGACAAGACGUCCAUUGGGACGCAGGCGACAUUCGGGCUCCGCGAGGACACCGGCCUCGUCGGACAGGAGUACGCUUGGCUGACCACCGUCUUCUACAUCACCUACAUGUGCUUCGAGUUCCCUUCCAACAUCAUACUGCAGCGCUACAUGAUGGGUCGUACGUUGUCGAUUUACAUGAUCUGUUGGGGAGUCGUCGUGCUGUGCAUCGGCUUCGCCAAGAACUUCACCCAGCUCAUCACCCUCCGUGCUCUCCAAGGCAUGUUUGAGUGCUGCAUUAGCCCCGGGUUUAUUCUCGUCGUUGGUAGCUGGUAUACCACGCGCGAGCAUGCCUCCCGGGCUCUGGUCUUCCAGAGCGCCAACGCCGGCUUCGGCGUCAUUUCUAGUUUGGUGCUCUAUGGUAUCGGCACCAUCGAGUUCAGAAAUCCCGAGCUUCAGGCAUGGCGAUACAUGUCCUACUUUCUUGGAAUUCUCACCAUCUUGGUCGGCUGCCUCUGCCUCUUCCUGCUGGGAACGCCAUCCGAGGUCCGCUGGCUGUCACCAGAGGAGAAGAAGAUGGCCAAUGCUCGAAUCCUCAGCAACAACACCGGACACGACCGCACCGGUGUGAAGAAGUGGAGAUGGAAGCAGGCCGGCGAAUGCUUGCAAGACCCGUGCUUCUGGUUCGCGGGCCUCAAUGCGUUCCUCAGCUCAGUUCCCAACGGAGGUCUUACCACGUUUGGAUCCAUCAUCAAUACGACUUUCGGCUUCACGAGUCUCCAGGUCAUUCUCCUGGAUAUCCCUCGCAGCGUCUUUUCCGUUCUUUACUUCGUGUUGAUCGGGUUGGUGACGAGUCGGAAGAAGAACCUUCGCAUGUGGUUCAUGAUGUUCUCUACAGUUCCUCCAUUCUGCGGUUUUCUAAUGAUGGCUCUCCUUCCAAACGAGGCUCAGUAUAAGUGGGUAAAAUGGGGAGGGUACUUCAUGACAGUUCCCUUCGUCAUCUCUCUUUUCUUGGCAUGGACCCUGAUUCCUUCGAACACCGCGGGGCGCACCAAAAGAACGCUUACUUCUUCGUUCACUUUCGUGGGCUACUGCGUGGGCAACAUGACCGGUAGCCAGAUCUUCCGGUCCGUGGACGCGCCCAGAUACAUAUCCGGGACUACGGCCUGUGCUGUAUGCUUCGGUCUGCAAUUUUUGCUCAUUCUGUGCUGGCGGGUUCUAUACGUUGUCCGAAACCGGCGCCGCGACCGGAAAUUGCAAGAAGAGGGCGUCUCGGAGGAAGAGAGAAUCCUCCGGGGCAAAACCAUGGGAGAGCAAGAUUGCACAGACUUCGAAAAUCCAUACUUUCGAUAUACGCUGUAG